AUGGACGCAAUAACUGAGCGCAUGAGAACGACUGGUUUCAGCGAAGAACCUGAAGAGCCAGAGCAGCUCUUAUUCAAUCCCCAACCAGGCAGUCUGCUGGACAUAGGGGCACUUGACAACCUUCCUCGUUACCUCUUUCGUGUUGUCAGUCCUUUAUCAGACGGUCGAACAGACGCCACAUGGGUCCGCUCACAGGCUGCCUGCGACAAUACUGACUCCUCCAAGAGAGACAUCUUCUCCAACCUGGAUAAUGACGAGCUGGUAAGGGUAGCUUGUACCCUAAAUCUCCAUCUUCGAUGGUGGCCAAAAGGUCGGUUCGAAGACAACUUUGUGUCUUGGACGAGCUCGCUCCUAUUCGCCAUUCAAUACAUCUACUACAGACACCAGGGCUCUCGGGACAGAUCGAGCCUGGAUGAUAUCGACCUGUAUGUGAUAGACACAGCGCAGUUCCCUCCUGGAACUUUCCUUCGAGAUUUGGAUCUGAUCGAGGCCUUCCGCGAAUCCGACACUCACCCCGAGGGCAGGGAUUUGGAAGAUUUAUUGGCACUGCGAAACAGACCUGACUAUUACUUUGGAGAAUAUCUCUCCCAAGGAUCCUUAAAGAUUGAGGGCAAGUGCCAAAGGAUAUCCGCUGCAACGAUCCUUGACAACGGUUUACUACGCCGGUUGCAACCUGAAUUCGGCGACAUCUCAGCGACGCCUCCGGAGGGCAGGGCAGUCUGGGUGAGGGAAGUUAACCGUCUGCGCGAUGUCCUCUAUAGAUCCAAUACACAUCCCCGGUUGUCAUCGAACGAAGUGCGCAUUCGCCUGCAGGCUGCUGAAGCGAUUGUCCGCCAAUGCGACCCCAUCUGGCGGUUCCCUAUUGCUAUAUAUUUUGUCGCCCUGCUCGGUCCUGCAUCGAUGACUGAUGAUAGUGGAACUGCAAUCGACAAUGAGUUCUUCGCAUUCUUCCGCUCUGAACUUUUCUACGAAGGACAUAAGCAGUUCAGCCCCUCCGGAUUCAGCGUCAUCGCACCAAACACAAUGCCUGAGCUUGAACGAGUUAAACAACUCAUGCAAGAAGUCCAGAAGCACUGGCAUUUGAGAAAGGCGCUAGGUUUUGCCCGCGACGCUCAUACGAAAGUUCGAAUAUUGCGUAUAAUGGACACUGCAAGCCCGAUUCAUGUGGAUGAUACAAAUGAUGUGCUACGGUGUGCUGGCGAAAAUAUCUUAUCUCGGCUGAGGGCCCUACAGGUUCUGUGUGGCGAGGUUAUACAGGCCGUGGAAUCGAACGAGGGACAGUUGGCUGACUGA